AGUAGGGUCAAGUCAAGACGAUCCAGCUUACGUUACAGCGCUAUAAUAGCAUCGCAGCAAAACAGAUCAGUGAACUGCAAGCUGUAUCCGUUCCUCGCAGCUUUUGAGUAGCAUUAAUGUGCUUCAUUUAACGAUCUUAGCAGGUAACGAUUGCCUAGCUUGGCAAAGAUGGUGUGCGAAAAGUGCGAGAAGAAGCUCGGAAAAGUCAUCACCCCGGACCCGUGGAAAGCCGGAGCUCGGAACACAACAGAAGGUGGUGGCAGGAUGAUCAACGAAAACAAGGCGCUGACAGCCAAGAAGGCCAGGUUCACGCCUUAUGGAAAGUUCGCCGAGUGCCGCAUUUGUCGCCAGAAGGUACACCAGGUUGGGUCCAACUACUGCCAGGGGUGCGCCUACAAGAAAGGCAUCUGCGCUAUGUGCGGAAAGAAGAUCCUCGAGACCAAGAACUACAGGCAGUCGUCGACUUGAAACGUGUGCGUGCUUCGCCGCGUGGUUCGACUGCUACAGCAUCGUCACCGGAAACAUGAUCUGCAGCCUGCUUGUGACCUGUCGCGGAGUGCGUAGCACUCAGAAAAUGACGAUAGUGGCGCCCGGUGUGUUGUUCCAAAGUUGUUUAUUCACAUGUAAAACAUAUUUACAAAGGCUUCCACCCGUGAACUGAGUCGUUCACUAUGCACGCCCCCACCCCCCUCCCCUUACAGGCCUACUGUUCGAACACGAUCAGACAAAAUAAGUUGCGUCUCUGUCGGUAAAAGGCCUAGUAGCUGUAAUAAAUAAAUAUGUACAAAAGCUA